AUGCUCGCCACCUCCAUCCUCUUCCUCUUCUUCAUCAUCCUCUCGGGCGUGACCGACUCCACGCCCCUCAACAAGACGUACUUCCUGCGCGCGCACACCGACGGCAUCACCGGCGCCCGCGCCUACUCGCAAUGGACCUACUUCUACAUCUGCGGCGACAACAACCAGGACUGCACCAGCGCCAAGGCCGGCCUGCCCUUCGGCUGGGCCUGGGCCGCCAACGCGCGCAACGUCCCCGACGGCCUGGGCGGUAGCUACGGCAGCGGCACCACGUCGUACCACUACUUCUACAUGUGGCGCUUCAGCUGGGUCUUCAUCCUCAUCGCCCUCUUCUUCGAGGUCCUGGCCUUCUUCUCCGGCUUCCUCGCCUGCUGCGGCCGCCUCGGCGCCGCCAUCGCCUUCAUCAUCACCGGCGUCGCGCUCCUCUUCCACGCCAUCGCCACGAGCCUCUUCACCGCCACCUUUGUCGGCGCCCGCGACGCCUUCCACGACGCCGGCCGCAGCGCCGACCUCGGCGCCUACGGCUUCGGCUGGAUCUGGGGCUCCUUCACCGCCGCCCUCAUCGCCCUCGUGCUGUUCGGCCUCGGCAUCCGCGGCGACAAGUCUGGCGGCGUCAGCGGCGGCGGCGGCCUCUUCCGCCGCAAGAGGAGCACCCGUUCGUACGAGGGGCGUCGUGUCAAGGAUGAGUAUUCGUGA